UGUACAAAGACUAUCCUUCAAUAGUGAAUACUUGAUUACUAGUGACAACAACAUUAAAUCAUAUUCAAAUAGGAUGUAUACAUCAUUUGAUUUAUUUGUACAGACACAGAGAAAGAUAGAUACAACCAUUUUCAGCUUCAAAAUCCAUGGAUUCACCUCAUAAGCCUACCAGAUCUCUCUCCACCAACCUCUUCUUCCUUUUCCUCCUUUUAUCCACAAAUCUUCUCACCUUGUUCAUUUCCACAACUUUCUAUUCUUCUUGCACUCUUAAGAGUCUUAACCCACCACCCAUUCCUGCCGACACUGCCGCUGUCAUUACCGACUCAGCUCCUAAAGAUGAUGAUUUUAAAAUAUUUGAUGACUCUCCAACUGCUUCAGACUCAGACUUGCCACCUGAAUUCAUAGCCUUCACAUCUGCACAACAACUCCCAUUUGGAUUCAACACCAAUUUCGAUUCCGACAGAUUCUUCCCUCCGGUUGGCCGGCCGUGUACCCUCUUUCCUGAUGAACUGCAGCGCUUCAUGUCGUACAAAGUCAACGGUUCGUGUCCUGAUGAUGAACUCCUAGCUCAAAAGCUCCUUCUAAAAGGCUGUGAGCCACUGCCUCGCCGUCGCUGCCGUCCCGUUGCUCCGGCGGAGUACGUGGAACCCUACCCUCUACCUGUUAGCCUGUGGUCCACUCCAUCUGAUUCUUCAGUGGUCUGGACAGCAUACACUUGCAAGAACUAUACGUGUCUCAUCAACCGUAAGCGUAAUCAGAAGGGUUUUGAUGACUGCAAAGACUGUUUUGACCUCGCAGGUCCAGAGAAGACUCGAUGGGCCGGACCAAACAUUGGUGGCGGACUCGACUUUUCCAUUGAUGAAGUACUUGCAAUGAAGAAGCCAGGGACAAUCCGAAUAGGUCUUGACAUUGGAGGCGGUGUGGCUACAUUUGCUGUAAGAAUGAGGGAAAGAAACAUCACAAUUAUAACAAGUUCUAUGAACUUAAACGGUCCUUUCAACAGCUUUAUAGCAUCUAGAGGAGUCAUACCUUUGUAUAUAAGCAUUUCUCAGAGACUUCCCUUCUUCGACAACACGCUAGAUAUUGUGCAUUCUAUGCAUGUAUUGAGUAACUGGAUUCCAACAACGCUGCUACACUUCUUGUUUUUUGACAUCUACAGGGUGCUUAGGCCCGGUGGGUUGUUUUGGCUCGAUCACUUCUUCUGUGUGGGUGAGCAGUUGGAGGAGGUGUAUGCACCGCUGAUUAAUAGCAUUGGAUUCAAGAAGGUGAAGUGGGUAGUGGGGCAGAAGCUUGAUCGAGGGCCAGAGCUCCGGGAGAUGUAUAUUUCAGCCUUGUUGGAGAAACCAUUGAAGAGUUCUUGGUGACUGUAGCCGUAAUUUCUUUCAUUUUUCCAACAAAGAGAGGUUUAUGUUUUUUAUAUUUCAAUUUUCAUUUUCUAAUCUCAGAAACUGUCUCCAAACAGUGAAUAGAUUCACAAUUUGGUGCAAA